CACAUUGUAGAUAUUGCAUGUACAUUUUAAAGUCAUAAAUCUUCUAUUUUUAGCUUGGGCUUAUUUUUCACUUUGGUGGGACUCAAAUUACGUUUCAUAGAACAGGAGUUGUGAUCUUGCAGGAAUUUUUUGACUGAUCCUCGUGGGGGGAAAAGUAGGUGAUGUCCACUGUUCAGCCAAGAAGUCACUGUUUGGAUUUAACUGAGCAAAUAAGUAAGAGCAUCAGUGGGAUAAUUGCUGCGGUGAUUAAUAUGUUUCAGCUGUAACUGGUUACUUAACCCUAACUGAUUCAGUGAGUAGCUUGUCAGAAGACGUAUCCUGUGGGUGUGGAAAAGGUGUUACUCUGUUUUAGAAGGGCCAAAAUAUUGUAUAAGAAUAAGUAUGAGAUUGCUGAAACUACUAAAAUUGGGUUAAGAACUGUUUAAUGCAUUAUUGCAACCUGGACAUUAGUGAACCAUCAUCUUUGAGGAAGAAAUAUGGUCAGACAUAAAUAAUGAAUAAUCGUGAUUAGAUAUCACUUCAAAAGUGAAACUGUUAAAGCAACAACAACAAAAAUAACAAGAUCAACAGUAGAACUCAUGGCUGUGUUUAAUAAUGAAUUAAAAAUACUUUUACAUGCACAAUAUAAAGAGAACUCUGGGGACAUCAAUGUAGCCCUAAGAAAAUGGCUGAUCAGUGAGACUGAUAAAUAAAAAAAGGCUUCAAUUUGCUGGUUAGCAUAAAGAUUGGACUCAAUGGCAAAGAUCUUUUGGUGUGAUGGGUCCAGAUUUACCCUGUUUUAGAGUGAUGGACAGAAACCAUGAUACACUUAUCAGUCUUGGUACCUACAAGCCUGUUGAGGCAGUGCUAUGAUCUGGGUUGCCUUAGUUGUUCAGGUCCAGCUUUUUUGCAAAGUUAAGUAGCUCAGCAAAUGAGGUCAGCUGACUACCUGAAUAUACCGAAUAAGCAAUUUUCUUUUCCUCCUAUUAUGCUUCAAUUGUAAAAGAGUGGUUCAGGGAGCACAAGACAUUAUUUUCACACAUGGAUUGGUCUCCAUAGACUCCAGACCAUAUCCCCAUCGAGAAUGUUUUGGAUGUGCUGGAAAAGACCCUCGCAUCAUCAAUACAAGAUCUUGGUGAAAACUGAAUGCAGUUCUGGACAGAAGCAAUGCAAGGGUAAAUACGUUUAUUUAAAGGAUGCCUUGGUGAAUUCAAGUCAUAAUCAAAGCAAAUGGUGGUCCAAUGAAAUAUUACAGAAUAUAAGGGUUUUUUUGGCCACAGCUCAGAGAAUAAUACAAUUCUGCCCUUAGGCUAGUUAAAAUUUAUCACAUAUAUCUGAGCUUUGUUUACUUGAUAAUUUUUUUUAUUUGAUAUCUAGAUUGAUUGUUUUACAGUUUUCUACUUGGUUCAUUAGAAAUGCAGAAAUGAAACAGAAUUAUUACCCAUCAAUCCAAACUGUCCUUUCCGUUUUUAUGGCCUGGUUUUAAUAAAGAUGCCUGUGAUUAAGACAUCGAUUACAGCUCUUAAUCAUUUAGAUCAGCAUGUUGCACUAUCACAUUCUAAAAAUUUAAUGUGACAAGCACUGGAAUGUAUAACUACACCUUCGUGACGUGUUUCGCUUUCCAUAUAAGGAAACGAUCUAUUUACGGCCGUAGUAGUGAUGGAAAAUAAAGACGAGCCUGUGAUCUGAGCCUCAUGUUUUAAUGAUGUGUUUUUGGUCUUUAGAGGCCAAGAACAUGGGAUGAAUGAAUGAGUGUAAACAGAGAGGGAGGAGAGAAUAGUGACAGGUGGGCAGAGGUAUUGAAGAGAUGGGGAGAAGGAGACAGAGAAGGAGGGGAGGGCGUGAAUGAGAGGAGGGCACGAGAGGUAUAUAAGGCACAGUCUACAUCUAUUUCCCUUACAAAGCCGCUAGAUUCCUUUUUUCUACAAAGAAACUCUUUCGACACACAGUCUUGACCCAGAAUGUCUAACCUGAACUCGGAGAACGCCACCACCCUGGAGAGCGCCAUGCAGCUGAUGAUCCAGACCUUUCACAAGUACUCUGGUAAUGAAGGGGACAAAUACACACUUAGUAAGAGUGAGCUCAAAGAUUUGCUUACCCAAGAGCUAGGAAACUAUCUGGGGAAUGCACAGGACAAGGAUGCUGUAGAGAAGGUGAUGGGUGACCUGGACUCGAACAAUGAUGGCGAGGUGGACUUUACAGAGUUUGUCAUCCUGGUCGGUGCGCUCACCGUGGCCUGCAAUGACUUCUUUCAGGAGUUCAAUACAGAGAAAGGUGCUAAAAAGGAGUAGGUGCUGUCUCAUCUCUCUCUGAACUAAAACUAACAAAUGACCACUGAAUGAAAGAAGAGAGAGAAGAGCUGGCAGUUAAUGGUAUAUGUAGACCCGUAUAUAUAUAUAUACACACACACACACACACACACACACACAUAUAUAUAUAUAUAUAUAUAUAUAUAUAUAUAUAUAUAUAUAUAUAUAUAUAUAUGCUCUCUAACACUACAAAUAUAUAAUUCUACACAUAUUCGUCCACAAAACACAUCUGUUGGUGAGCUUGGGUCAUACGGAAGUAAAUUAGAAGGAGUAAAAAACGAUUUUAAAGGUGGUCAUUGUUGAAAAUUUGUAUAUUGGACUUCUUCCUUUCAUUUUUAUUAAAAAAAACUUUUUUGUGUCUGUUCAAUACCAAGCCAUGUCAUCUUUAUUAGCAUUAUAAUAAAGAUCACAUUUUAAAUUCACUGUGA